GUGCUGAGCGAUCUCUGUAGUGACUGACUGACCGCUGAGAGGAAACUAGCGCAGUUAACUGUAGUUUAGUUAGUUAGUUAGUUAGAUUAGUCAUCAUGGCCAGAAGUGACGGCAGCUCGUAUUUCAGGAGAUCCAGUCUGUUCUGGAUGGUGGUCGUGACGCUUUCUUUGAGUUUUUUCACGUGGACGGUGUUCUGGCCUCAGGACCUCCCUUACGGCAGUCUGGGUCCUCUGGGCGCUCUGGCGAAGCAUUUGGUGGACUAUCAUUAUCCUGUGCUGUAUUACGGAUGGUUUCUGACGUGGGUCAUCCAUCUGUUCGAGGCUCUUUUUGCGCUGAAGGUCUGCAGGUAAGACACUGUGUUUUUAAUGAUAGUUUACAGUAUCAGGGUGUUUCAUCUUUUCUACCACAAGGUGGCAG